UUCCUAACACAUUCUACGCAUGUCGGGCUCAGUGGGCACUUCGGUUUAUCUUGUUGUGACGAUUACUCGAUCGUUCAAAAGCGGUUUCCCUCCAAACGAAUGCUCACAUAUCACCGUGCAGAUGUCAUUUUGUUUUCGAUUGAUUUAAGGUCAGAACGGUUCGAAUGCUCGAAACUCUGAGCUCCUUGAACUCGCCACGUAGUACGAGCUUACUUCCUGUCAAGUUUCAUCGUGUAAUCGUCUCCCUGUUCCGGGAAACAGAAACUCGAUGUCCAGCCGAUGCAUUCGGGUUCCGAGUACGGUAUACAUUUCGAAGCCUUUCUCCAAAGCCAUUAUUAAUCGAUGCUUACGCUCAAAGUGGUGGUGGUCGGGAGCUGCGCCUGCGGCAAGACCACGCUCAUCCGGACCUUCCUGAGGAACGACGUUCGGGACACCGUGCCGUCGCCAACCGUGCAGGAGGUCUACACGGGGCACAUCCAGCAUCAUCGAACAGAGGUGCGUCUUGUGAUCUGGGACACUGGCGACUCGGACCUGCUGUUGGACCCGAGCCGGUCGUCGUGCUACGCCGAGGCCGAUGUGGUGCUGCUCUGCUUUUCCGUCCGGGACAUCUUCUCGCCCAGCGAGGUGCCCUCGCGCUGGGCCAAGGAGAUUCGCCACUUCAACCCGCUCGUGCCUGUGCUGCUGGUCGCCACGCAGAUAGACCUUCGUGAGGACCCCAACAUCGUCCGAGAGCUGGCCCAGAUCAAGUGCCGACCCAUCAGCGUGGCCGAGGGCUUCCAGUUGGCCCAGGCCGUCAGGGCCGCCCACUACGUCGAGUGCUCCGCCAUGAACCUGGACAGCGUCCGGAAGGUCUUCGAGAGCGUUCUGCAGACCUGCCAUAAGACGACAACAGACCAGAGGAGAAGGAGCAAGUGGAAAUGUUGUUGGUGAUCUCUCACGGAGCCGCGACGAUCUAGUCACUUCGCCGACGCUUUUGAGAGCGUCAUGGCCCCUUCUUAGGAGAACCCAAGAUCUCCACUAAUAUUUAUAGCGUUGCCAUCUAUUUUUUAUAUCGUUUAUUUUUCUACUUCGUCGUAUUUGUAUAGCGUGUGAGCACAGGUCGCUGCAUAUGGAUCGCCAGUUUACGUUGUUACAUUCCGUUUAUUAUAUGACGUGAUUCCACCUGCAUUAUACUUGCUUACGAAUCGAAACUCGUCUCACGAUGACACAGCAUUGGUUAGGUGACCUACGUUCAGGACGACGUCGUGCCGCGUGAUGUACACUGAUUCAGAAUUACACAUAUCGAACAGUUGCGGCCCUGCGAGAUCAUCGAGGAGUCCGAGGUGAAAGUAUGCGGAGAACAAGUUCGUCUGCUUCUUUUUGCAGGGGUUCUGGUGACGUCAGAACGUGCAGCUCUGAUUGGUUCUGAUUGGAAGGAUCGUGGGUAGACCUCAGGGCAGCUUGCUUUGAGGUCUACCCUCUAUCCAUCGAUUAGAACCAAUCAGAGCUGGCCGUUCUGACGACAUCACAACCCCCGCAAAAGAAGCAGACGAAUUUGUGCUCCGCAUAGUCACUGACAAGUUAAGAAACACAGGGCGUGGUGACUCCAGACCAUCUUACGAACGCGAGAGCGUUAAGGAGCUCGUGUCGCAGAAAAGCCGGCCUCGGUGGCGUGACGUGAAAAUCCUGUUUGGUCGAUCUUUUGCAGGGGCUGUGGUGACGUCAGAACGCCGAUCUCUGAUUGGUUCUGACUGGAAGGAUAGUGGGUAGACUUCAAGGCAGCUUGCUUUGAGGUCUACCCACUAUUCAUGCGAAUCAGAUCUCGGCGUUCCGACGUCCUCGAGCCCUCUCGUCUCCUUUUCUCUCUCACUUUCUUGGCGCAUAGUCCCCGACAGCGUGACUAUUGUCACUACAUUAGCAAUAAGUGCAAGGUCCGGUGGUAUAGAUCAACGCCCGGCCGCUGACGUCGCACGCGCUGUGGUGACGCAGCUGUCGGUGCGGCGAACGCGCAAACGCUCGACCUCCCGCGCGUGUGUGGUAUCCGCGCACCCGUAAUGCCCAUCUGUUGUGGGCAAACGCGGACUUGUUUACAGGCGGGAUAUGGGUCUAUAUCACGGGGUAAGAUGGUAAGGACACACAGCACGGCGAAGGCCUCGACGCGAUCGACCAGAUAAAGUCCUCUUGGCGCGCAUAAUGAGUAGCCUCGGCCGAAAGCGUCUCCCUCGUCCAGACGGCGCAACUGAGGGAGAAAAAAGAAACAAACAAAACCAUAAAAAAAAAUGCCUCGUUCCGAUUGCACCCGGGCGCGGGCGCUUUCCGCUGUUAGCGACUGCUCUGGCAUUUCACGGACGCUGGCUUGAACACCGCGCCAGAGGCCUCUCUCCGCUUCAACUCGUUCAUAACUGUUUUUGCCGCCGUUGAGGCACGGAACUAGGGUCAAUAACGAAGCGAUGUAAGCUGCAUGCGCAGCGUAAGUGUCAAGUUCUACAUGGCGUGGCGCAUACAGAAAACGACUUCAAAAACAAGCAGGUCUCCCAUAGAGAAGCAUGGGAAACUGCGCUCGCGACAGGCUUCCAUUAGCCGCAUAUCGAGGAGCCAUCUGGUGGCGCCGCAUGCAACCAAGGCGAGGAGAGGACCUUAUCUGGCAGCUGCGACGCGCGUGGUGUCCACAUCUAUGCGGAGCUCAAGUUUGUCUGCUCCUUGCACAGGGUUUGUGAUGGGGUCAGAACGCCGAGCUCUUAUUGGCUGAUCGAAAAAAUAGUGGGUAGACCUCAAAGCAUCUAGCAUUAAGGUCUACCCACUAUCCUUUCAAUCAAAACCAAUCUGAGCUCGGCGUUGUUCUGACGACACCAACUACUCCGCAAGAAGCAGACGACUUGCUUUUCGGGUAGGUCUAUAUGCUCGUUUUUAUGUGGGCGGUAGGCAUUACAGUUUUGUGAUAGUAUGUUCGUGCGACUUGUUGAAAUAAUUGAGAACGAACCAUUUUUUUUACAAUCCCGCCAUGGUACUUACUUGACUCAUGAAAAAAAAAAGUGUUGACACGGGUUUACGCGCCUUACGAACAAAUCAGCCUUGCGUGCAUCGGAGGAUAAAACGAAAUGUUUGUAAAAGAGUAAAGCAUCGGGGUACAUUGCGAUGCAUCACUCUGGCGCCAAAAAAACUUCAAAGUCAAUAAAACAUGAAUUU